CUUAGGCUCCUGGCCCUUCGCGGAGUCUUCGAGCGUGAGUCCACGCGUUGCGCGACGACCGCAUCGCAUCUAAAUUGUGCUUGAUACGGCCGCGGAAACGUAUUGCGUUGCCGUUGCGGUUCAAGCCGUCAGUGCCCCGUGCGCUCUGGGCGCGCGCGCGCGCGCGGGCGGCCUGGCCCGUGGCUUCCUCGCCCGCGGCCGCGCGCGGCGUCGGCGGCUGCGGUGGCUGAUAGGGAUGGCCCCGACCCUGACGCCGAAGACGAAGCCGGCGGCCGUGAAGCCAGGGGAGGCGAAGGAGCCUGCCGAGGAGGCCAAGGGUGAUGAGGCCGACGAGGCCCCGGAGCCGACAGCUGCCGAGACGCCCGCUGAGGAGAAGGGCGCAGCUCCGGUCAAGAAGGCGGUGAAGAAGGCGCGCGGAAAGAAGGGGACCGUCUUCACGAUGGCUCACCCCGCGUCUUGGGACAUGGGCGACUUCUUCAAGGCCCUGCAGAAGCAGAAGGUGCGGGCGGUGCACGACGCGCGGCCGAACCCCGAGGCGGGCCCUGCCACGGAGGCGCUGCGGGUCGCCUUCUCCUCCGACAACAUCGCCUACGAGCGGGAGCCCGCGCUGAGCUCUUUCUACGCCAAGCUUCUGGAGCAGGCCCGCGGCGGAUCGGAGAGCAGCAAGCCCUGCAUCUUGCUGGACGGCCGCGUGGGGUGGCGGCUGCAGCAGCACAGGCGCAGCAUCAACCAGUACUUGAAGGCCAAGGGCCUGGACGUGCGGCAUCUGCUCUGGUCGGGGGAGAUCGACCACGAGGCGACCGCGACUUUUGCCGAGGAGGCGAAGCGGGAAGCGGUGCAGAGGCCCGACCCGCCCAAGUUUCCCGUUCCGAAGCUCGCGGUGAAGGCCCCGAACGUCAUGGCUCCCACGUCGAAGGCCUCGGGGAUCAGCAUGGUGCCAACGACGAAGGCCAUCGGCAUCGGCGGGCUAACGCCGCCCACCUCCAAGGCCAUGGGGGUGACGCCCCCGACGUCCAAGGCGGCGCCGCUCACCCUGCCGCUGAAGCCGACGGUGAAGGCGAGCGCGUCCUUCUCCUCGGCGGACGCCUCGCCCAAGGCGGCGGACACCCUGAUCAAGGCCAAGCCGAAGCCGAGCGCUCCACCACCGGCCGAGGAGCCGCUCAUGAAGCCGAAGCCGAAGGGAGGCGGCACUCCGGCGGCCAAGCCCGAGGAGGAGCCGGACGCGAAGAAGCAGAAGACCGAGGAGGCCAAGGCCGAGCCAAAGCAGGCCACCAUCACGAAGAAGUGGGCGAAGAAGGCCGAUGCAUCGUGAGCGGUGCCCCGGACGUGCGAGCGGAGGCGCCCGUGGAGGUGAAUCAAUGGAGUUGCCGACCGAACUUGUCAGUCAAACCACCCCCCCUAUCAGCAGCCUCACCCCUGCUUACGGUCGGGAGCUUUUGGAUAGCGUGUCGCUCCGCGGGUUCUGGCCCACCACGCUUCGGCACGACACGCUGUC